AUGGCAAUUCCAGUGAUCAAUUUCUCCAAGCUUAAUGGAGAGGAGAGAGCCAAAACUAUGGCUCAAAUUGCUGUAUGCUGUGAAGAAUGGGGUUUCUUUCAGCUUGUGAACCAUGGGAUUCCAGAGGAGCUGCUGGAGAAGGUGAAGAAGGUGUCUUCUGAGUGCUACAAGCAUGAAAGAGAGGAAGGAUUCAAGAACUCAAAGCCAGUUAAGAUGCUGGAAGAACUGCUUGAAAACAACAGCAAUGAAAGACUUGAAAAUGUAGAUUGGGAGGAUGUUUUCCUUCUCUCUGAUGAAAAUGAAAAUGAGUGGCCAUCAAAAACUGCUGAAUUCAAGGAGACCAUGAAAGAAUAUAGAGCAGAACUGAAGAAACUAGGGGAAAAAGUCAUGGAAAUCAUGGAUGAGAACUUGGGAUUACCAAAAGGCUACAUCAAAAAGGCAUUCAACGGAGGCGAAAACGAAGAAGAAAGUGCAUUUUUUGGGACUAAAGUCAGUCAUUAUCCACCAUGUCCCAAUCCUGAGAAGGUAAUAGGCCUAAGAGCUCACACUGAUGCUGGAGGAGUCAUCUUGCUGUUCCAAGAUGAUGAAGUUGGUGGCCUUCAAAUCCUAAAAGACGGCGAAUGGAUCGACGUUCAACCUCUCCCAAAUUCGAUUGUCAUCAACACUGGUGAUCAGAUCGAAGUCCUGAGCAAUGGGAAAUACAAGAGUGUUUGGCACAGGGUUUUAGCCACCCCAGAUGGAAACAGAAGAUCCAUUGCUUCAUUCUAUAAUCCAUCACUUAAGGCUACCAUUUUUCCUGCACCUGAAUUGAUUGAAAAACUGGCAGCUGAGAAAGAAGAGGUCAAAGAAUCAGCAGCAGAAGUAUCAUAUCCAAAGUUUGUGUUUGGUGAUUACAUGAACAUUUAUGCUGUUCAGAAGUUCCUUCCUAAAGAACCAAGGUUUCUUGCUGUUAAAGCUACCUGA